UUGCGUUAAAACGUGACAUGAUAAAUCGUCGGUAGAUACUCAAAAAUACGUGAUUCAUAUUCAAGUGAUAGAUAUAUAGUACGGUUACCAUUAUAAAUCAUUCGAUAAUCCAAUCUUUAUAACACUUUGUUGCAGCAUUCUUAAUAUAAAAAAAGUUGAUACCAAUGCAAUGAUCAUCUCUCAUUAUGAAGUUCUCAACUGUGUCUUCUAGCCUUGAGACCGACUGCUUGCCAAAGCCACUCCACCCAUUUCUUCGUCGACUAUUAUUCUCUCAGGAAGUCAAGAGGACUUUUCACAGUGCAAUCACUUUCCCUCCCAAACGUUCCGUCAUUUUCUUGGAAGAAGAUUCGUUUCUCCUUCCUCUUGAGCCCAACAUCCUCUUGAACCAGAUUUUGCCAGCGGCUCACGUACAAAAUUGCAUAAGCUUGCUCUCAUGUAGAGAAUAUCCUGCUGGCUUUCUCUGCAUGUGGCUUUCUCUGCAUGGGGCCUGGUCUUCUUUCAGCAGGUUGACCAGUGGCUCGUCCGUUGUUCACGGCAGAAAAAGUAAAGCAACGAUCUUUUCCGUGGUGUUGCUAUGAUGGCCGAUGGGUCCUUCGAGAGUUGGGUUAUUCCGUUGUCCAAGGUGUAAAAAUUUGUCGCCUGAUCUCUCCUCUUGUGUACCGGUGUGGUGCUUAUGGUGCGUUCCUUAGAGAGAGAAGAAAGAAAGACAGGAGUAAAGUAGCAGUGACUAAACUGGCAACACCCCUCUUUUAAUUGAACUGUGAAGAAGAAGAAUGCACUGCCGGCUAAUUCGGUAUUCACUUCCUCGGAUACGGUUAAUGUUAGUGAUUCUGAUAUGAAGAGGGAAGGGGUGUGCCGGAUGCUGUCCAGGGCAGAAAUGAAACAGUAGUUUCUGCAAAAAGUGAUCUUGAUGUAAACAGUAAUUCUUCAUCAAGGACACAGGAGGAGGAUUUCUGCAUGGACAAAGGGAUGGAACUGAAGGUGGAUCGAUCAGAGGCUGUUGUGGAGGCUGGUUACGGUCUUGAAAGUGGAGGACCCUUGAAGAUCGAUUUGAGCAGGCCAAAAUCUAUAAACUCAAGCAUGGAAGGAGGUCUCAGAGAGAAUCCAGCUAAUUCGACCCAAUAUUCUGGCCGGCCGAGUUUGAGGGUUGAUGCUGACCAGUGGGACAAGAUUGGAGAAUGGUUUGAAGGGUUUGCUGGGAACUCCAGCAAUGUCGUUGGAACGAGUAGGAUUCCCUCACAUGCAUAUGUUGAUGACGGCUCGUCAAGUCAUCAACCUUGUUCCUACUUUGAGCAUAGCAAGCCGGUGAAGAGUAAUGUCCACAUAAAUGGGCUUAAUAGAGGGGAGAUCUUGGACUUGGAUGCUGAGCUCCUGAGAAAGUGGGAUGAUUUGAAAUAUCACUUCAGCAGAAUUAACGAUGUAUCCAAGAGAACUGGUGAGACGGUUUUUCUUGAUAGGGAGGGUAUAUCCGAGCCUUUUGAUGAUAAAUUCAAGUAUGUCCCUGGUGGAGUCUUGACCCCAGGAAAGCCUAUGCUGUUGCACCCUCAUUGGAUUCAUCAUCGUCAACAACAUUCUAUUCCUUCUAUUGGUAGCAUCGGUCGAGAUACACAUGACAUAUGUCCACCUCCUAUUUCUAGGAGCGCGGCAAUGUUGAGGCCUCACCAUCAAUUUGAAGAACAAUCUUAUCGAGGUCACUUGAAUAAGUACAUGGAUUUGAAUCGAGAUUUCUCUGCAACGGAUUCACAAGAUUCCUCCCUUGACUGCACCUUGUGCACCUGUUCUCACUGCCGUCACAAACAUGAGCAAACUCCUCAAUUGGUCCAACCAGCUCCUUUUGGCAGUGAAGGGAGUGUAGAGUACCCUGCGAAUUCCAUCUCCUAUUACCAUCGUGAUCCCAUCCAAAUUUGGCCUCGUGGUCAUAUGGGUGUUCAUAUUCCCCCUAUGAGUUCUCGUUAUCCACGGCCCCAAAGAAGAUGGCCAACCGAGAGUAUUGGUUCAGACACAGAUACCGCCGGUUCUCAGCAGAAGAUAAUUGUGAUUUCCAAUAGAAGUAAGAAGCAUUACCAUCCAAUAUCAGGUGGCGCUCCAUUUAUAACGUGUUGCAAAUGCUCUGAGUUGCUGAUACUACCUUCCAAUAUAAGUGUGGAGAGGCGUAAAAAACCAAAUCUGCAAUGUGGGUCCUGCUCGACUGAACUCUUGGUUGAAGUUCUGGGCAAAAGGCUUUUCACUUCUAAUGCAAGACAGUCAUCUUACCUUGACAAGAACGGUUCUAAUGAGGUAGUGAAAGAGAAAAUAGCUAGUUUGCAACGCUGCUUGGGCAUGAAAGGGAUAGACUCCUUGGGUGAAGGUAGUGCCAUAGACGUUUGCUCUCCUGGUCAUGGCAAUUCCAGUUUCCACGAGAAAUGUGAAGCAAAUGAAGAGUCAGGUGACCGGCAAGUGAAUAUGCAGAAGUACAAGCAGGGCAGUAGUCUAGCUCCAUCUUCCCAUUAUUCUGAGGAAGAAGAAGUUCCAAAUGAGGUAAAGCUCGGGAGAGACUUAUCCUUUUCUGCAGAGAAUCCAUCACUACAUGAAGAGUGUCCCACACUUCAAUGCUUAACAUUCACCAAGAAUCUCGAUAAUUCUAGUUCUAAAAUAUCUGAGGAUCAAUCUGCAGAAGAAAGUGAAAUUAAAGAUAUACGUCAGGAUUUUUCGGUCCAAAUAAGUUUCCCAAGACAAAAAUCAGUGCAGGAUACAGCCACAGAAACUGAGAUUGAGUCCUCGUUUAAUGACUACCUUAAUGCAUCUCAAGAUUCUUCGGAUGCAAGUAAAGAAGCAGAUCAAUUGAAGACGAAGAAAAGGGACAAGUUUUUCUUUGUGAGCCUCAUUAAGGGCAUUAGAGAUUUCUCAAGAUCUAAUGAGAUUGUGGAGAUUGAAAAGCCUACUGUCAUCAUUAAUGGGCACCCUAUACCCAACCACCUUGUCAAAAAUGCUGAAAAACUUGCUGGGCCUAUACUUCCAGGGAAUUAUUGGUAUGAUUUCCAAGGUGGGUUUUGGGGUGUGAUGGGCGGACCUUGUCUCGGGAUAGUUCUGCCAUUCAUUGAAGAGUUCAAUUAUCCCAUGCUGGCGAACUGCACUGCUGGAAACACGAGAGUCUUUGUGAACGGGAGAGAGCUACAUCAGAAAGAUCUGGAACUACUUGCCAGCAGAGGACUGCCGACGGUGCCAAAUAGGUUCUACAAAAUCGAGAUUUCAGGAAGAGUAUGGGAUGAGAAGUCUGGCAAAAAGCUAUAUAGGCUUGGAAAUCUUGCGUCAAAGGUGCAGAAGGCAAAGCAUGGAUUUGGCAUGCGUGAUUACAGGCAAUGAAAAUUCUCUGGAUAGUAAAUACACCCUGGUGCUUCAUGUAUAUAGAUAGGAUGCUUUUCUUUUCCCUUUUUUCUCAGGUGAAAGUCAAUUAUUGUUAUAAUUAUUAGGUGAUUGGAUCUACCCAAAUCGUGCAAAUUCAUGAGCUCACUAGCUUUGUAAGCUUUUCCCAAUUUAAAUUCAAUGCUACCUGUUGGUAUUGUCGAUGGAUUGCCAAAUUU